UAGCGGUGUACGCUUUACUUGUUUUGCUCGACCUAAUCCCACGUCGAUCCAUGAUCUAAUCGAUUACAUGUACCAUAUUUUAGAGGCUACCAUGGAUAUACCUGUCUGGUUAGGGAACCACCUCACGUUAUGUGUUACGUAAGAGUCAAUCCUAUCCACAUUACGGAAUACCUUUUCUUCGCAAUUUUUGGACAAAAAAAUACCGACGAUUUUUCGAUUUCGGUGAGGCACAAGUUGCAACCAAAAUGGACAAUAUAUUUAUUUAAGAUAUCAUUCUCUCUCUACAUGCUUGUCACCGUUAUCGUCUUGAUCAACCUUCUAAUUGCUAUGAUGAGUGACACCUAUCAAAACAUCCAGUCGCAAAGUCAUAUAGAGUGGAAAUACGGACUCAGUAAACUUAUACGUAAAAUGCAAAAAACACGAACUGCUCCCUCGCCGUUAAAUCUGUUCACCACGUGGAUAACAUAUCUUGUAAAGAUGUGUAAGAAGAAAGCAAGUAAAAAGAAAAAAAUGAGUGUAAUGCAUGGUUUUAUGAAGAAUCGUACACUCUCGAAAAGUUCAUUCUCUCAAGAUAAUAAAAUACUUCCAUUGGAUCGCAACAAGGACAACGAUAAUUUCGCUCUGCUACGUUCGAGUCCUUUUCAAAGCCAAUCAUCUUUAAUCUUGGCGUCAAAAAUUGAAAAUGUAGUUGAAUGGGACACCGUUCGUCGGAAAUAUAGGAUGCGUUUUGGAGAUGAGAUAGAGAAACCGUCGGGAGAGGAUGACAUCGUCAAUGGAACGAUAUAAAUAAUCUUAUUUAUCUCAAGUAUUACUUUCAAGUAUACUUUCAAAUUAUUUCAAGUGAUACUUUCAAAGUAACAAGGUAUUACUUUCCAAUCAGUGGGUUUCUGUACCACAAAUGUAGUCGUAUUUCUUAAAUAUAUAUACAUUUUUACCACCUUA